AUGCCGCCGGGGAAGCAGUUCCGGCUGACGGGCACGGAGUUCCGGCUCAAGCGCGAGCGCCAGCUCGCGUCCUUCAGGGCCGGCAGGGAGGCCCUGGACGACGUCGGCCUGCCCCACUUCCUGGCCUACGGCUCGGCGCUCGCGGCCCUCCGGGAGGGGCAGUUCCAGCCGUAUCACGACGACGUCACGGUGGGCAUCUACGCCUGGGACCUGGCGGAGGUGCAGCGCGCCUGCCCCAGCCCGACGCCCGCGGCGCGCGAUGCGAGGAUCACGGAGGCGUUCCGGCGUGCUGGGUUCGAGCCCGUGGAGGAGCUGGUGGAGGGUGCCUCGGGCGAGGAGGGCGGGGCACGGGCCGAGAGCGCGUGCCCGAGGACCUUCCUCGCUCAGGGCUGGAGCGCGGACAUGGCGCUGCCGAUCGUCUACAAGUUCUCGCACCAGGAGAGCUUUGUGCGGUUCAGCGCGGUCGUGUUCGUGCCCCAGUUCGGGCAGCUGUGGGACUUCGCGGACGGUGGCGCGGAGAGCUCCUCGGGGUGGAGGUACACCCCGUUCGCCCCGCAGCUGUGCGAGUUUGAGAAGAUGACGUCUUUUACCAUGCCGGCAGCCGCGCUGGAGGAGCACUACGGGCCGGACUGGUACGCACCGAUGCCCCACGGCUACAUCGAAAGCCUCUCCAGGUGCGAGAACCGUUGCCAGGUGCUGAGAGUGUACCCCUUCGACGCGCAAAUGAAGAGGGUGGAGCUGCCAGAGCCCGUGACACUGGAGAAGUUCCGGGUGGACGUCAGGCAGCACAGAGUACGCUACGCGAAGGCCAUGGCGAACAGCCCCCACGAGUUCCCCAUGAAGCCGCUUGACAUGACGUCGAUCGAGUGCAAGCCGACGGUGCUCCGCGAGGCUGGAGAGAUCUGCAAGGCCGAGGGCAACGAGCGCCUGAAGCGAGACAACUUCGUCGGCGCACUGGACAAGUACGACGAGGGCCUUUACAUCGCGGACAAGUGCCGCGAGGUGCUGUCCACGUGGCGCCUCGUCUUCAGGCAGGCGCACCUGAGCCGGGCGGAGGACGACAGGAAGGCCCGGGGGCUUUCUCAGCCGGACCUUCCCGAGCCGCCCGUGCCGCGCGAGUUCCGGGCGGACGAGGAGGGGGAGGCCAGGCUGCGGCUGGCGCUGCUGCUGAACGCCGCGCAGGCUGCGCUGCAGGCGGGCCGCGAGGAGGCCGCGGAGGCGCGGGCGACGCUGGCACUGGAGCUGGACCCCCGCAGCAUGAAGGCGCUCUAUCGGCGGGGGCAGGCCCGGGCGCGAGCGGGCCGGAGGGAGGCCGCGCUCGCAGACUACUGGACCAUGGUCAGGCUGUCGAACUUCGAGAGCAAGGAGGCGCUCAGCCAGCUGAUGGCCCUGCUGUCCAGGGAGGAGGUGCAGAGUCAGUACCAGAAGCUGAAGGCGUCGGCUGAGAGGGACAAGAAGGUCGGGGCGCUGCUCGUGGAUCUGGGCGACGACCGCGUGGGCGCACAGGAGGAGAGGCAGAGACGGUACCUGGCUGACUGCAGGCAGAGAGCGCUGAACGAUGAGCAGGAGAUCACAUUUGACGAAUGGGCCAACCAGUACGAGUGGCGGUAUGAUGCGGAGGAGCGCUCCAGGCUCCGCGCGGCGCACCCGGACAUUUUCGGCGCCAGGGGCCCCGCGCCGUUGCCCGUGGAGGCCUGGGAGGUGAACGCCAUCACGCACAAGGAGAUGGACAAGAUGAUGUACCGACGCCAGACGGAGGCCGCCACUGCCAAGAGGCUUGCCAGAGAGGGCCCCGCCAAGCAGGAGGAGACCAUGCGAUACUAG